AUGGAUAGGAUAUUGAGUUGGAAUGUCAGGGGGAUCAACAGCCAACAUAAGCAAUCAGCAGUUAAAAAUUUAAUUUGUUCCAGGCGGGUUGGUUUGGUGGGUCUCCUUGAAACGAAGAUUAAGGCUUCUAACUUAGGAGCUCUUUAUCUUCAUGUGCUCUCCGGUUGGUGUUUUACUUCGAAUAAUGCGUUGCAUGAGAGUGGCCGUAUUGUUGUUAGCUGGAAUCUGUUCAUGUUUAAUGUUGAUAUUUUACAGUGUUCUAGUCAAUUGAUUCAUUUACAUGUCAGUUCAACCUCUAAUAAGGAUAGUUUCCAUGUUACUUUUGUAUAUGGUAUGAAUGAUGAGGGAGGAAGGAGUAUACUGUGGAAGGAGUUACAGGAACUGGCUAUGACUUCUCCUUGGAUCGUUCUAGGUGAUUUUAAUGACAUUUUAUCUAAAGAGGAAAGGAUUGGUGCUCGUGUUAAGUAUAAAUCUUCUCAAGCUUUUCAGAUGUGUAUUACGGCUUGUUAUUUGGAGGAUAUAAAGUAUAGUGGGAACUUUUAUACUUGGAGCAAUAAACAGAAGGGUCAAGAUAGAAUUUAUUCGAAAUUAGACCGAGUUUUGGCUAAUCAAGCGUGGUUGGAUGCUUUCCCUGUAGCGGAGGUUCAUUUUUUGAAUGAGGGAAUUUUUGACCACUCUCCAGCUAUUCUAACAGUGUACCCUGAACUGAUUUCAGGUAGGAAACCUUUCAAGUACUUUCGAAUGUGGAAGUCUUUUUCUGGUUAUCAAGAUCUGGUUCACGCUGAUUGGAGUAGACCUGUUGAUGGCACAAUGAUGUAUAGGGCAGUUCAGAAACUCAAGCGUCUUAAGGACACAUUGCGGACAAUUAAUAAACAAGGAUUUUCAGAUAUUCAUGUUGCAGAGAUGGCGGCCUUUCAUUCUCUUACUGAAUGUCAAAACAGGUUGAGUAAGGAUCCCCUCAACACAAAUUUAAUUCAGAAGGAAAGUGAAGCUCGACAAAAGUAUUCUGAAUUGCACAGGUCUUAUUGUUCUUUUUUGCAACAAAAAGCUAAGAUCAAAUGGAGUCAAGAAGGAGAUUCUAACACUGCUUUUUUUCAUACAAGCAUAAGGGAGAGGAGUAGGCAGAAUAGAAUCUAUUCUAUAACUUCAAAAUCUGGAGAUUUGCUUGAUAAACCUGAUCAAGUAUCGACUGCCUUUUUAGAGUAUUAUCAGAAUUUAUUAGGCAGUAAGUUGGCACUGAGGAAAAAGGUAAUUAAAAGGGUGGUUCAACAAGGUGCUAUUCUAACUAGUGAGCAAGCUAAUUCUCUUCUCUUGCCUUAUAGAAAAGAGGAAGUUCAGAAAGCUAUUUGGGAGAUUCUUGGUUCAAAGGCCCCGGGCCCGGAUGGUUAUGGUAGUUAUUUUUUCCAGGAUAACUGGGAUUUGGUUGGAUCUGAAGUCAGUGAUGCUAUCUUGUCUUUUCUACACUCUGGGGAAAUUUUAAAGGAAUUAAACAAUACCAUUCUGACCCUAAUCCCGAAAGGUAGCUGUCCAAAAUUUGUGAGUGAUUUUCGGCCUAUUGCUUGCUGCAAUGUUCUAUAUAAGGUGGCCACAAAGAUGAUUUGUUCUAGAUUGAGCUCUAUUUUGCCUAUGAUUAUUGCUUAG